GAAGAUAUCUGAAAAGGGACAUGUAGAUAUCUUGAAUUGAGGUGAAUUAAAGAUAUCUUGAACUGGAAUUAUGACUAGUCAGAAUCAAAUUGUAGAUAUCUGAAACUGGAAUUACAGAUAUCUACAAUUCAGUUGCAGAUAUCCGUAAUUCACAAAGUGGAUAUCCGCAACUGAAUUGUAGAUAUCCGCAAUGAGAAACCCCAUAGACAUGAAUGGCGAAAAUGACGUCAUUUCGCCUAGGAGGAAUGUCUUUGUGGAUAUCUGAAAUGACAAUUGCGGAUAGGAGGAAUGUAGUUGCGGAUAUCCGAAAUGUUAGUUUUGACUAGGCGAAACUGAAUUGCAGAUAUCUGCAAUGUAAAUUCCGGAUAGUCAAACUGAGUUAAUAAAUGACAAUUCGGCUUGCCAUAAGAACCGGAUGCUCGGGGUUCGGAAGCGUUCGGCUGUGGUCGACAGUCACGUACGCACGUGUCGUUGGUUUGACGUCAGCACAUCUAUGUAGUAGCAGGUUUGAAAUCAGGAAGGAAAGUUGCGUUUUGUUUUGGCUCCGUCAUUACAAACAACCGAUUACUAUCUAGAUACCAUGGACCCAGGUCAUGAGAACCAAGGCUCCAGCAGCUGCCCUGUGUAUGUGCACAAUCCCCACUUGAAGACGAUGAAAGAGGACGUUCUCUACCACUUUAACCUUGGGACCUCAACUCACAACCUGCCAGCCCUGUUUGGUGAUGUCAAAUUUGUGUGUGUCGGGGGAAGUCCCUGGAGAAUGAAGUCGUUCAUUGAAUACAUUGCUGGAGAGCUUGGCUUAGAGGACCCCAAAUCAGAGUACCCAAACAUAUGUGCCGGAACAGAUCGUUAUGCCAUGUACAAAGUGGGUCCUGUCCUCUCCGUCAGUCAUGGAAUGGGUAUACCAUCCAUCUCAAUCAUGCUGCACGAGCUAUUAAAACUGCUCCAUCAUGCCCAUUGUACUGAUGUUACCAUUAUACGGAUUGGUACUUCUGGUGGAGUAGGGCUUGAACCCGGAACGAUCGUCAUCACCAAGCAGUCUGUGGACGCCACCUUUCUACCCAAGUUUGAGCAGGUGAUCCUUGGGAAGAAUGUCGUACGCAGCACUGACCUGGACACAGAGCUGGCUGAACAGCUGCUGCAGUGCAGUAACAGGCUCAACCAGUUCAAAUCAGUUAUUGCCAACACCAUGUGCACCAUGGACUUCUAUGAAGGCCAGGCCCGCCUUGACGGAGCAUUCUGCUCCUACACCCAAGAGGACAAGCAGGACUACCUUGCCAAAGCGUAUGCAUCCGGAGUUCGCAACAUCGAAAUGGAGUCCUCUGUAUUCGCUAGCAUGUGUAAACUAAGUGGUUUGAAAGCUGCUGUGGUGUGUGUCACACUCCUGGACCGCCAGAAGGGGGACCAGCUGAGCGGCUCUCAUCAAGUCCUCCAUGACUUACAGCAACGGCCUCAGAUUCUAGUUGGCCACUUCAUUAAAAGUCAGCUAGAGUCCUCAGGGAAAAUCUAAGCUGAAGAUUGUAUUGGGAAAAUCUUAAAGUCUUUGAGUGGAAUGCAUUGUUUGAUAGUUUUUGUUUCUGUCAUUUUAUUAAUUGUGCGUAGCUCAAAGCCUGGAAAUCCAGAAAGCUGUAGGGUCUGGCAACGAGUAAUGAAAAUGGCCCAACUCGAGGGGCGUCAUCAAGCAUGCAUUUGAAAAUAUCACUGGAUGCAAUUGGAUAACACAACAACCAAUCAGGAAAAAACAUGGGGUGACGUAUCCAGUGCGACACUCUGAUCUCGCCGGCAGGGAUGUCACGUGGUUCAUGUAAACCUGUAUGGUUCCAAAACACGUCGCGUUGCUGUGUUCUUCAAUGGGACUGACGGCAGCGAUUGCAAUAUUGAAUGCAAAUGCAGAUUCCACUGCCUAUCAUCUGCACGCUGCAAAGGAGGAUACACCAUGUAAAGCUGGACCCAGUGUUUGAGAUGCAGAGUGUUGUGAAAAAAAUCACAAAGAUUCUAAGAACAACGAAGCAAACAUACAUUUGCAGAUGAUUAUCUCCGGUACGGAGACAUCAGUGAUGUCGAGACAUUUCCACGGGCUGUUCAUCAGGCACGGUUGCAUGUUGCUACUGAGCUGCUUCAGUGUAAG